GUGCGUUACUACGGUACUUUAGUGCUGGUGAUUUACGGAACAAUAUAUACGAUAAAACUAGGUGAUUGUAGGAUAUCUUGUCUUGGUGAGUGAAAUGGAAUUCCAACACUUUUUGAGUGAAAAUGGUUCGAGCCAUUUGGCUGCUGUUUUUGAAGAAAAUGGUAUUGAUACUGUGGAAUUACUUGAAGAAUUUCUGAGGGAUGAUUCCUUUGAAAAAUUAAUCGUAAAACUCGGGGAUAGAUUGAAACUCAAGAGAAAAAUAUCAAGCAUAUUUAGAGGUGUUCAGUCUUCUUGCCAAAACAAUUCAAACGCUUCUCUUCAACACUCAUUCAGUUUUGAUGAACCGAUAGAAAAAAUAAUAAUUCUCAAUAACGAGAGCGAAACGUUUUCGUCCACAUGUGUUACACCAACUUCAAGUCGUGAUGACUAUUCUAGUCAGGAAAACUAUCAAGUGAAUGAAGAAUUCAGAAGAUCUGAAAAAAAUACGAAUGUAGGUCAAGAUCAAGGUCAUAUUUCUUCAGAACUGUGCAAGAAGAAGCAUAUAAUAGUUGGUGGUAUAGAGUUCAGUCUUGAUCAGUUACUUGAUAGUACAUUGAUGGGCAAGGCUUUGAAACAAAUAUAUGCAUCGAAGAAUUCUCUACCUAGUUGCAACCAAAGCUAUUUAGUGGAAAUCAUAGUACAGCAUUUCAUAAAUACUGUUCCUUUCAAAAGAUUAAAUAAUGAAGACUUCCGAAAACUUGCCAAACAUAUAGUAGAUAUUUUCCCGAGAGAAAUUCCACAAGUAUACUUCACAUCACCAAUCAAGAAACGUUUCGCGAAGGAUGAAAAGAGUGGAAUAGCCAGAGGAAAACUGGUGGAUAAAUACAGGAAUAGAUUAACAUUUUUAAGAUCUGCAGGAAUAUUACCAUGCCGGCAGUUCACAGAAGAAAAUGAUUUGCAAGACACAAAUACUGAUGCUGACGAGGAGAGUCAAAUUUUGCUGAAAUACAAUGCGGAGCCUUGGUCUGAAGUGGUAUUGAAAUGGAAUAGCUGUUAUGAACACAGGCGUUGCAUCAUAUCAAAGAAACGUAUAUCAAUAGAAGAAAUAUUAGAAGAGUUCCCAAUAAUUAAAAAUCCUCUUGGAUACAGUUCAAUAUAAUUAGAUUUUCAAAAACAAUUCAAAGAUCAAUGUAAUUUAUUAUUUAGAAAUUUUGAAUCAGUCUUUUUCAAGUUAUUGGAACAGCGUAAAUCAUGUCUGAGCCAAGGUGAUAAUUUGAUGGUGGAUCUAAUUAACAUCAAAAAUUUCAAUGUAGGCAAAGUUUGUACGUUUGUUUAUUUUUUGUUGUUGAAUUAGCACUUGAAUGUAAAUGUUUCUUCAUAGAAGUUUAUCAAACGUGUUAUUUUAAUAUCCGUACGUUUUAUUUGUAGAAAUUAAUUUAUGUUUUUAUAUCAUUGUUGAAAAUGGUUGUUAAGUUUAACAUUGAAUAUAAGACAUUUUUAUGAACUGUUCGUUCUUGUUUGUUAUCUCUAUAAAUAAAUAUUACUUUCGCAUAAUUUCUUUCAUUUAUUUUUGAGCAAAUGCACCACCUCUUCAGUGACUUUAUAAUUUACGCCUCAAACAACUAUAACCGUAAAACUCAUG